AUGGCAAGCUCAGAAAUUAAAUUUCUUCGAUGGAUAGUCGACACGCGGAAGCUAUGGGUUGUUCCCGGAACCCUUGGCGCGAAGGAACAGAUGCAAGCAUUUGAGCGGGUGGCAGCCGAUGCUCUGGCGAUUUUGCCGCCCCAGGAAAAGCAGAGGGUUUUGAAGUACUGGUUCGUCCGGGAUGCCAAGAUGAGCCUAGCGUCGCAUUUGCUGAAGCAUCUGGUUAUCCAUGAGCUAGGAAGCGUCCCAUGGGCCCUAUCCACUGUCUCCAGAGAUGAAAAUGGAAAACCGUGCUUCUAUCCCAGUAAUGGUGUAGGAAUGGCACUGGAGUUCAACGUCUCUCACCAAGCAGGGCUAGUUCCCUUGAUCGCCUGCGCUAGCCCUGAAGUCGAGGUUGGAAUCGAUGUCGUCUGUGUUAACGAGCGCUCGGAUAAUGCUACCAUCCACAAGGAUGGCCUUUUUGCAUGGAUUGACAUGCAUUCUGAUGUCUUCUCUCCCCACGAAGUGCACUACAUGAAGUACAACACCGAGAAUCUCUCUCUACCUUUACAAAUCCACGUGGGAGAGGAGGCACUGGAUGCUAUCGCGAAUUGCGAGCGGCGUGAUGAGCCAGUUUCCUGGACCACCAGUUCUGGUGCUCUUCAGAAAUUAGAUGCCGGUAUCAUUAUCGACGCGAAGCUGCGACGUUUCUUCGCUUUCUGGUGCCUCAGGGAAGCGUAUAUCAAAAUGACCGGAGAGGCCCUCUUGGCGCCAUGGCUACGAGACUUGGAGUUUCGAACAUUCAAAGUCCCCGCAGCAAAUAAAGAAGCCCUCUUCGAUGACUCCGACCUUCUUCUCGGCGAGACCAUGACGGAUUUUGAGAUUUACUUCAAGGGCGAACACCUCGAGAAUGUUACAAUGGAGCUCCAAGCAUUAGGUCGCAACUAUAUGGUCGGUACAGCAGUUAGGAAUAAAGAUAGGGGAGUCACACUGCGCAAAGUUCCGGGUUUUACGAACCUAGCUCUUGAAGAUAUUGUUGCACGGACUGGCACAUUCAACUAG